AUGAGUUAUAAUGAACUUAUUGAUCAAUUGAUAGACAUAAGCUGGGAUAGAGUGACCAAAAAUGCAGAAUCGAAAAACUUUAUCUAUUUUAGUCAAAUCAUUCAACUCAUAAAUCAAAUGGAAAAUUUAUUAGAAUGCGAUUCUUUGUUUACAGAUGAACAGAUCCAGUUACUAAAUCUGAUUAUAGACGAGAAGCCUCUUUUAAAGCUAUUUAAGGUUGAUUUGGCGAGUUUCAUUAUGAAAUUAGUGCAGUAUCCCAACUUAGAAACUUUUCUUCGUGAGAGAACGAAUUUGAGCGGUAGUGAUUUAAGACGAAAACUUGAACUUUCAUAUAGAAGACCAUUGUCCCCAUUCAAGCAAAGAGAUUGGGCGCCAGAGAAAUCGAAAUUCACCACAUCUUCGAUUUAUGCCCCUUCAAUACGACCUGCUAGCAGCAGGUCACUUCUUUCGCCUCCGCUAUCACCGCCUAUAUAUAAUAAGUUUGGGUCUUCUGGAUUAAGUGAUAGACAAAAAGAGGAGAGGGAUAUUGAAGUAGCAGCGCUAUCGAAGGAAAGCAUACAUCUAUCAUCUAAAAAUCGGGCUCAAAGCAAAAGAAUUCAAGAUUUGGAAAAAGAGACAGAGGCAUUGAAUGCAUACAUAAACUCACUCGAAAAACAGUUGUCUUCUUCAAAACCUUCUGCCAAGUUUGAGAUCAAGGAUCUACUCGGGACCAUUGCUCACAAAGAUCGUACUAUCAAUAAUCUUCAGGAACGAUGUCAAAAGUUGGAAGAGGAAGUUAAGGAAAUAGACGGCAAUGACUCUGGAAAUAAAGCUUUCGUGCAGAACCUAGCUUUUGCAUUAGAAAGUCAGGAUAAACUAAUUAAGGAGCUCAAAUUGAGAUUGAGUUUGGAUACGCCGGUUGAAAAAAGGAAAAUAAAGACCUUGCUUCAAAAUUUACCUUUCAUAAAACAGUAUUAUUACUUUUUCAAAUACAGACAUGAACAAAAUCAUUUGGGAUUGAUCGUCAUCAAUAUCAUUACCUUGUUAUUUACCACAAUCAUAUUGCUAAAUUUAAUCAAAACUACAUUCUACUUCAUAUUUUGGGUAUUCAAUAAUCGUCUUGCUACAGACUACAUAUUCGAGGAUGAUCUGAACUCAUGGAUCACGACUGAAUCCACUUUCGUUUGGUGGAAAGAGAUAGAAUGGUUAGAGUAUAUAAUAUAUCGCUUAAGCGAUUACUAA